AUGGCGCUCUCAACCAGAGCUGUUCAAACGUACCAAAAUGCCUCUACAACAGACCAACUCAUCAUGAUGCUCAAUAAUCUGUAUGAUGCGGAAACCAACCCAAACGGCUACGUGAGCCUAGGAAUCGCCGAAAACUCCUUAAUGCACCAUGUUUUGAUUGACCACAUGCACAAGAACAUUGACAUUCCCGACCUGGCGCUCACCUACGGCGACGGACAGAAAAGACUCAGGAAGGUAGCCGCUCGCUUCCUCACCAGGCACCUCAAGCCAGUGACGCCCAUUGAACCGUCGCACAUACACAUCAGCAAUGGAUUGGCGCCGGCCAUCCAGAACAUAGCAUGGGCCACUGCAAAUCCCGGUGACGCGCUGCUGCUGGGACGGCCAUACUACGUGGCUUUCAAGCCAGAUGUAAGCCGCCGCACCGGGGUGGAAGUGCUGCCCGUUGCCUUUGGAGACCUGGAUCCCAUGGGCGUGGAAGCGGUGCAAAAGUACGAAGAUGAAAUUCUCAAGGCCAAGGACCGUGGCCAGCGUAUCGCCGGUGUCAUCCUCGCCCACCCGCACAACCCGCUGGGCCGAUGUUAUCCCCGCGACGUCUUGAUUGCCUUUAUGAGGCUGUGUCAAAAGCACCAGAUUCAUCUCAUAUCGGAUGAGAUUUACGCCCUGUCGGUUUUCGAGAACAGGGUAGACGAGGGUGCCACGGCCGUCCCCUUUGAGUCUGUCCUGUCCAUCGAUCCCGAGGGCAUCAUUGACCCUAGUCUGAUCCACGUCCUCUGGGGCAUGUCAAAGGACUUUGGGGCCAAUGGACUACGGAUGGGCAUCACCAUCACGCAGCACAGUCCGAGCAUGCAGGCGGCUUUGAUGUCGGUGUUUGAAUUUUCGUGGACGUCUUCGCUGUCGGAUCUCGUGACGGCAAACGCGCUCGACGAUGACGAGUGGGUGGAAAGCUACAUCAAGGAGAACCAGACGAAGCUGUCGGAGCAUCAGGAAAAGGUGCUUUUAUGGGCCAAGCAGAAUGGGAUAGAAUACAGCAGGGGCAGCAAUGCCGGCUUCUUCGUGUGGGUUAAUUUGGGCGCCGUAUAUAGCAAGCACCAUCCGGGUGAGAUUGAACAUCUCGACAAGGCUGUAAUUGAUGCUCUGUUGGCGAAGAAGGUCUUCUUGGCAGACGGCAUCGCCUUUGGCGCCGAGAAGCCGGGCUGGUUUAGGAUUAUAUUUUCACAAGAAGCGGGCUAUCUGGCAGAAGGCUUGCGGCGCAUCAUGGCUGCCGUCAAGGGAGAGUAA